UCCCGCUGCCCGUCUCUCUCCACUGCCCGCCUCUCGCCACUGCCUCGCGUCCUCGCUCCCUCUCGGCAGCCUCCGUCUCUUUCUCCCUCUCUCCUUUGAAAACUGAUCUUUGGCUCUUAGUGUGAAAGUGAUUUGAAUUUGGCUCGGCGGCGCUCUGCGCCUGCGCCCAGCCUCUGGCAUGCUGGCUCCUUCCAAGCAGCUGUUUUGGGUUUGAAAUUCCAACAUGGCAGAGGCUGCAGUCCGUCUUCCCUUCAAAAACUUGGAAUGAUUUCAAAUCAUAGGCACCUUCACUUAACCCUAGCUUCCAUUCAUCAGCAAACACAUCGGAUCGAUGCUACGCUAACCUAUCGGCUUUUCGCUCCGCGCGUUCAGGUUAAAUGAAUACCUGACGAAAGGGCCCACGUUUCAAGGCAGUGACAUUUGAUAGCUGAGAGGAAAAGUGGCUUUAAUGAAAAGCAACCUUUGGAAUUCCUGCUUGUGAGAAAUCCAAUUCAGCUUUUUGUGCUGCCAGCAAGAAAUGAUCAGUAGCACCAGUGUUUAUGGGGACAAGCGUCCUCCUCAUCAGCGAAGAGGAAUGACCCUUCUGUCUGGCAUGCUCAAAAUCCCGAAUCUCCCCACUUCAGUAUGCUUGAAGAUGCAGUGGACGCCGGAGCAUGCCCAGUGGCCAGAACAGCACUUUGACAUCACUUCGACCACUCGGUCUCCUGCCCAUAAAGUUGAAGCCUAUAGAGGUCAUUUGCAGCGCACCUAUCAGUAUGCCUGGGCGAAUGAUGACAUAUCCGCUCUGACUGCAUCCAACCUGCUAAAAAAAUACGCAGAGAAGUAUUCUGGCAUUUUGGAAGGCCCUGUGGACCGACCUGUCCUCAGCAACUACUCAGAUGCACCAUCAGGGCUAGUGAAUGGUCGGAAAAAUGAAAGCGAACCCUGGCAGCCUUCCUUGAAUUCAGAAGCUGUUUAUCCCAUGAACUGUGUCCCAGAUGUUAUCACUGCCAGCAAAGCUGGAGUCAAUUCAGCCCUCCCUUCAGCAGAUGUCUCUGCGAGUAUAGGGAGCUCUCCGGGGGUGGCCAGCAACCUGACAGAACCUAGUUAUUCAAGUAGUACCUGUGGGAGCCACACCGUACCUAGUCUUCACGCAGGGCUGCCCUCUCAGGAAUAUGCCCCAGGAUAUAACGGAUCAUAUUUGCAUUCUACUUACAGUAGCCAACCGGCACCUGCACUUCCUUCACCUCAUCCAUCUCCUUUGCAUAGCUCUGGACUCCUACAGCCGCCACCACCACCUCCCCCACCACCAGCCCUGGUCCCGGGCUACAAUGGGACUUCGAACCUCUCCGGUUACAGCUAUCCCUCUGCGAGCUAUCCUCCUCAGAGUGCUGUGGGAUCUGGGUACAGCCCUGGGGGUGCACCUCCUCCUUCAGCAUACCUGCCUUCAGGAAUUCCUGCCCCUACACCCCUGCCCCCAACCACGGUUCCUGGCUACACCUAUCAGGGUCACGGUUUGACACCUAUUGCACCCUCAGCCCUGACAAACAGUUCGGCAAGUUCUCUCAAACGGAAAGCCUUCUAUAUGGCAGGGCAAGGAGACAUGGACUCCAGUUAUGGCAAUUACAGCUAUGGCCAACAGAGAUCUACACAGAGUCCUAUGUACAGAAUGCCCGACAACAGCAUUUCAAACUCAAAUCGGGGGAAUGGUUUUGACAGAAGUGCUGAAACAUCAUCCUUAGCAUUUAAGCCAACGAAGCAGCUAAUGUCCUCUGAACAGCAAAGAAAAUUCAGCAGCCAGUCCAGUAGGGCUCUGACCCCUCCUUCCUACAGUACUGCUAAAAAUUCAUUGGGAUCAAGAUCCAGUGAAUCCUUUGGGAAGUACACAUCACCCGUAAUGAGUGAGCAUGGGGACGAGCACAGGCAGCUCCUCUCUCACCCAAUGCAAGGCCCUGGACUCCGUGCAGCUACCUCAUCCAACCACUCUGUGGACGAGCAACUGAAGAAUACUGACACUCACCUCAUUGACCUGGUAACCAAUGAGAUUAUCACCCAAGGACCACCAGUGGACUGGAAUGACAUUGCGGGUCUCGACCUAGUAAAGGCUGUCAUUAAGGAGGAGGUGUUAUGGCCAGUGUUGAGGUCAGAUGCAUUCAGUGGACUGACGGCCUUACCUCGGAGCAUCCUUUUAUUUGGACCUCGGGGAACAGGCAAAACAUUAUUGGGCAGAUGCAUAGCUAGUCAGCUGGGGGCCACAUUUUUCAAAAUCGCUGGUUCUGGACUAGUCGCCAAGUGGUUAGGAGAAGCAGAGAAAAUCAUCCAUGCUGCUUUUCUUGUGGCCAGGUGUCGCCAGCCCUCCGUGAUCUUUGUUAGUGACAUUGACAUGCUUCUCUCCUCUCAAGUGAGUGAGGAACACAGUCCAGUCAGUCGGAUGAGAACCGAAUUUCUGAUGCAACUGGACACUGUACUAACAUCGGCUGAGGACCAAAUCAUAGUAAUUUGUGCCACCAGUAAACCAGAAGAAAUAGAUGAAUCUCUUCGAAGGUACUUCAUGAAACGACUUUUAAUCCCACUUCCUGACAGCACAGCGAGGCACCAGAUAAUAGUACAACUGCUCUCACAGCACAAUUACUGUCUCAAUGACAAGGAGUUUGCACUGCUCGUCCAGCGCACAGAAGGCUUUUCUGGACUAGACGUGGCUCAUUUGUGUCAGGAAGCCGCGGUGGGCCCCCUCCACGCCAUGCCAGCCACAGACCUUUCAGCCAUUAUGCCCAGCCAGUUGAGGCCCGUUACAUAUCAAGACUUUGAAAAUGCUUUCUGCAAGAUUCAGCCUAGCAUAUCUCAAAAAGAGCUUGAUAUGUACGUUGAAUGGAACAAAAUGUUUGGUUGCAGUCAGUGAUAACUUCUUAAAAAAGGUGUAAUGAAUGUUGGCACACACACAUAAAACCUGCUACAUAGGGUAUAGAGCCCCUUUCCAGUAGUGUUUAAAUUGCAAAGGGUACUGGGGAAGAUGACAAUUAAGUUGAAUCUUUUAGAGUCAGGGUAGAUUUGGAGGAAAAAUGCAUCCAAUGAGAGCUUCUGAUUUGAAAGCCCCAGAUGACAGAAAGCAUCUGCCGAUGCUCAGUUCGAUUCAAGCUAGACAACACUCACCAAGGAGCAAGGUGCAAGUGUGUUGACUUCAGAAGGACAUGAACCUCGUGUGUUGAUUCCAUUCUGCUGUUCUCGAGAUUUAGUUGCUGUCAAGUGCCUGGAGUGGUGCUUUAUUUUUUGUUUGCCUCACAAUUACAUUGGUGGCAUGUGCUAAUAUAAAGAGCUUUAACUUCAAACAUUAUUGGACUAAAGAGAUGAACGGUUGUGUUUAUGACAGAAAACCAGAUUUUUGCCAUUUUAAGAGCAACAGUAUUCCUCAAUCCUGUCUGUUCUGCAGUAUUAAGCUAAGAACAGGUAAAACAGGGUAACGGUAAUCUGGACCUUAAUUUCUGCAGUUCAUUUCUUUUAAUGUUCUUGUCUGCAAAAACUCAGGAAAGCGAUUGUGAUUUGUACAGUACCUCAAAGGAAUGUGUUGAAAGCACUAUGUACUGCUGAGAGUAAUGGGAUAGGCUUCAAUGUUACUUUAUAUUAAAAUGUAUGUUUACCUCAAAAAUUGGAAAAUAGCAAGGAAAAUUACUUUGAAUGUAUCCAGAAAUAUACUGACGUGUGAUACAACUAAUUAUUUACAAUUUAAAGUAGACAUGGAAGGAUUCUUUUUAAAAAGGUUCUUUUACUAAUUAUGGGGAAUUGACCAGAGCAGAAUAAUUCUUUAUGUCAAUAAGUGCAAGAGUUCGUACAUUGCUCCUUGAUAAUGAAGUGAAAAUGUUCUUAAAAGGUACACUGGUUAAUAGAAAGCUACUUAUUCAGUUUGUGUUAGUGUCUAGAACAGUCAGCCACAAGACCUGUUUCGGACCCUGAAAGUCACAGAACCUAAAAUCUAGGACUGCGUUUUACUGCAUAAGUGGUGGUGGUGGUGGUGGUUUGCAAGUUCUCGCUUAAAACUGCUGGGAAUAGUGUCAUUCUAUUCACUCAUCUAAUUUAUAGGUUUGCCAUGCUGUUUGAUAGGAUACGAUGCAGAAGAUGGCAACCAACCAACCAAACAAACAAGUAGUUAAAUAAAUAAGUACAAAAACCAACCAACUUAUAUACAUCCACAAAGAACAUUUACAUCUCUCCUUUUUGACUCCUCUCGUUAGUGCAAUUUUGCUUCUCAUUUUGAAAUCUUCUGGGCUGUAGUGCUCCUGCUUCAUUUCUACCUCUUGGAAAGUACAUUUCUCUUGUAAAGUAAAGUAGGAUAUUGGAAGUGGACACACACACACACACACACACACACACACACACUCACACUCACACACACACACAAUUGCUUGCCAAACAUGUUGUUUUGUUUUCUUCCAUCUUUUCUCAUAAAAUCUAGUUUCCAGAUACAUCAGUCUUCCCUCUUACUUCUACCUAAGUCUGCCCCACACCCCAAUAGCAUAUGUGGCAUUUUUCUUAAUUUCCCAUUUCUCUCUUGCUCCCCAAGUUGUUCUUUGUAUCCUUUUUUGCUUUAUGUGCAACUUUUCAUUGAUAGCUGACAGAUGCUCGGCAAUGCCUCUGAACAGACACAGUGUAGGCUGUAGCUUUCCAAAGCCACUGCCCGUACAUAAGCAGAACAGCCUGGCUUUUUGAAUGUAUUUUUCCUGUUACUUUUUUUCCUUUUUUUUUUUUUUUUUUUUAGUUGAGACAUGCAGUAACAAAACUGUUGCAAAGCACUGGCAUUUUAUGUAUUCAAAAAGUGAUGUACAUUUAAAAAUUUUAAAUAAAUGUAAUGGGAAGCCCCAAGAAAGUUAUUUCUGUUAUUGUUUUUUUUCCUUCAAAUAUUUUUACUGAUUUCAUCCACAAUGUCAAAUUCCCUGAAACACAACAUAGAGAAAGCUAAUGAGAACUUCAUGAUAUUUCUGAUAUUUUAUGAUGCCUGAUCAUUACUCCUAGUUUUUAUUUUUCAUGUUCCUAAAAACUGAGCAAAUACACCAGAAUUUAAUUUACUAUGAUAUUCUAUGAAUUAAAACUGUGCUUACAUAUAAAUAUUCCAUGUUAAAAAGCUGUGCCUUUCAUUAAGGAUACAAAAAAUAAUAUUUAAGUACAUGCUCUGCUUUUCACAAGUGAAUAAAUGCUACAGUAUGUUCUGGCUCUACCCUGCACACCCCUUAUUGUAAGGAGAUUCUAAUAUCCCCAUUAACUUGUAGGUUCAUAUCGAUCUCACUGAGAAGUUUACUUUUGCACAGUGCUGACCUAUUUUCUGUUUUUUAGACAUUACAUUUCAUUUCCGCCAAUAUGCUGUGUUCACUUGAAAACAACUGGCAAGUUUUGACAAACCCAGUCUUAUUUAGACAACUUUGGAAAAUCCAAUAUUGAUCCAUAUUUUUUGUGGCUACUAAGAGUUAAUGCCAAAUAUAUGACUGCUCUAUUGUGUUUUACAUUUGUCUAUAAAUCUGAAAAUAAAGUCAUACAUAUUGGCUUUUAGCUUUAAAUGACUUAAAAUUACUUUGAGACAUGAGUGGUCAAAAAUCCAUGUAUUUAGGCAGAAGCCGAAAUUGUGUGUGAAUUUCACUUAGCCUCACAAACUCUAGGAGUUGAUCUCUUAGGAAAUUGGGCAUGCUGAAGAAAUGAAGGUAUGUUGGGGGACAUAAGGUUGACCUUUGAGUAGGUAGUGCUCUCCUGUGAUUCUUUGAUUCUGCGUGACAGCAUUAUGAGCUCUUCUACGGACUAGCCUAAUAAUGAACUCUUCUGGCCGUCGCUUCUGGAGCUUGGGUGGGGGUGGGGUACCACAUCCUCAGUAGUGAAUGUGUGCAAUCAGUGAUAGUACAACUGAGUAAUCGGGCUUCAUACCUUGGCCUCUUUGUGACUGCUAACAAUUUGGAGAAGGCUACUAAUGAAGGUAAGGUAAUGAGCCAGUCUAAAUUCCUUGCCGUCUGGCUAGGGGAUUUGAGCCAGUCCACUUAACAGCCCCUAAUUCUCUUCUUCACAACUGUAAUAACAUUUCCAACAGGGACAAAAAGGAAGUGAAGGAAACUACUUCAGAAGUAUCAAUAGAAAUUCAAGAGGUAGUUCAUAAUAACCUUAUGUGUGACACAAAUGGAAAUACUCUACACUUCUGGCAUGUUUCUCACCAAAAUAUUUAGAACAUCAGUGACGGUAUGGAAAACUUUGCUGACUGAGCUGACCAAUGGAAUGUGAAGGCAGUAUACUUUAAGGCUAUUUACUUUCACACAGAAUGUUUAUCUAUUAGUCAGUUUGUAUUCUACUCAAAUGCAGAUAGACGGGUAUAAUGUUUUCUUGUGCAUUUGAAACCUAUCAAGGAGAAAAUAAACCAUUUCACUAAAAUAUAUAGGCCAAACACCAUCUGGGCAAGUGAUAAAAGCUAUCCAGAGGCUAUGCUAUGUAAAAUAGCAAGGUCAAUUUACAUGCGUUGCAUAGUACUUGGCUAUGCAGUUUUCAAAAGAGUGCAUCCAAAAAAGUCCAAAUUAAUUCCUACAAUAGGUCUUUGUAAAUUUAAAUAUAUUUGUGGGUUGGAAAAUGUUUUGGAGGCAUUUAGAAUUUCUUUCUCUGAAAGUGUGUCCAACUCCAAGCAGAAAGAUACUUCUAUAAUCCCAUUCUCAUCUUUCUUAACAAGAAUUGGGUAUCAUGAUCAUUGACUCUGUAUUUUGCAAAGUGAAAGGGACACAGUUUGUUGAACUAUUGAGGCCACUAAAGUAAAGUUU